AUGUCUGACAACGACUCAUCUCAAGGAAUGAACGAUGAACCAAUGGAAACCGAUUCAAACGCCGGCGAGGUAGAACAAAUUGAGGAAGUUGGACGAAGAAUGGAGAUGGAUGACGAACCUGAAACAUCAGAUGCAGCCGAUUCUUUCAAACGAUUCGAAAAAUUGCUGCAAAAAACUGAAAACUUUUCUCACUGCUUGUCUUCAGGAGAUGCCAAACUUGCAUCGGGAAUCCCAGCCGACGCCAAAAAGCGCGGCAGGCCUUCAAAAAAGAACGGAGUGGAUGGAGACCACAGACACCGGAAAACUGAACAAGAGGAAGAUGAAGAACUCCUCGCAGAUGCUGCUCAAGGAGAUGAUCUCGUGAUUUUCGACAAGAAUCCGUUUUAUAUUGAAAAUGGAGAAAUGAGAGACUAUCAGGUUCGCGGUCUCAAUUGGCUAGUUUCACUCCAACAUAACAAUAUUAAUGGAAUUUUGGCUGAUGAAAUGGGUCUUGGAAAAACACUUCAAACUAUUUCUCUACUCGGUUAUAUGAAACAUUAUAAGAAUCAGUCAUCACCUCAUCUUGUUAUUGUGCCCAAGUCAACUCUUCAAAACUGGGGCAAUGAGUUCAAGAAAUGGUGUCCAUCAAUCAGAACCGUUCUCCUUAUUGGAGAUGAAGCCGCUAGAAAUAUAAUCUUACGAGAAACGAUUCUUACUCAAAAUUUCGACGUUUGUUGUACAACUUACGAAAUGAUGCUCAAAGUCAAGACUCAGUUCAAAAAGCUCAAUUGGAAGUACGUGAUCAUCGACGAAGCGCAUCGUAUCAAAAACGAGAAGAGCAAGCUGUCUGAAACUGUACGAGAGCUCAAUUCCAAAAAUCGACUUCUCAUAACAGGAACUCCGCUUCAAAACAACUUGCAUGAACUCUGGUCUCUUUUGAACUUUCUUUUGCCUGACAUUUUCACUUCUUCGGAUGACUUCGAUUCAUGGUUCUCCAGCGAUGCAAUGAGUGGAAACACUGAUUUGGUACAGCGCCUUCACAAGGUUCUUCAACCGUUCCUUCUUCGUCGUAUCAAAUCAGAUGUUGAGAAGUCAUUGUUGCCAAAGAAAGAGGUUAAAGUUUAUGUUGGUCUUUCGAAGCUUCAAAGAGAGUGGUACACGAAGGUUCUCAUGAAAGAUAUUGAUGUUAUCAAUGGAGCUGGAAAAGUUGAGAAAGCUCGCCUUAUGAAUAUCUUGAUGCAUCUUCGAAAAUGCGUCAAUCACCCGUAUCUUUUCGACGGUGCUGAACCUGGACCACCUUACACCACAGACCAGCAUCUCGUUGACAAUUGCGGAAAGAUGGUUGUCCUCGACAAGUUGCUUGUUAAACUCAAAGAACAGGGUUCACGAGUUCUUAUUUUCUCUCAGUUCUCUCGAAUGCUUGAUUUACUCGAGGACUAUUGCUGGUGGCGAAAGUAUGAAUACUGUCGUCUUGAUGGGUCAACUGCACACGAAGACCGCUCACAAGCAAUUGAAGCAUAUAAUGCUCCAAACUCUGAAAAGUUCAUUUUCAUGUUAACCACUCGUGCCGGAGGCCUUGGAAUCAAUUUGGCUACUGCUGAUGUCGUCAUCAUUUAUGACUCUGACUGGAACCCUCAAUCUGAUCUUCAGGCUAUGGAUAGAGCUCAUCGUAUCGGUCAAAAGAAACAAGUCAGAGUUUUCCGUUUGAUUACUGAGAACACAGUCGAUGAGCGUAUUAUUGAAAAGGCCGAAGCAAAACUUCGUCUCGAUAACAUUGUCAUUCAACAAGGACGUAUGUCGGAAGCUCAAAAAACUCUUGGAAAGGGAGAUAUGAUCAGCAUGAUUAGACAUGGAGCGGAACAGGUAUUUGCUGCUAAAGACUCUACAAUCAGCGAUGACGAUAUUGACACCAUUCUCGAGAAAGCGGAAGUGAAGACGGCGGAGUUGAACGAGAAAAUGGGGAAAAUUGAUGAAAACAACCUGCGAAACAUGACGUUCGAAGACAAUACAAAAUUUACUGUUUAUAACUUCGAAGGGGAGAACUACAAAGCCAAGCAGGCUGAUGGUAUGGGGCAUUUUUGGAUUGAGCCACCAAAAAGAGAGCGUAAAGCAAAUUACCAGGUGGAUCUCUACUACAAAGAAGCCAUGAGAACUGGAAAUCCGGCGGAAAAGCAAUCAAAGGCCCCGCGCCCAAAACUCCCACAAGUUUUCGAUUUCCAAUUCUAUCCACGCCGUCUGUUUGAGCUAUUGGACAAAGAAAUUUAUCAUUAUCGCAAGACAAUUGGAUAUGUGGUAAGUUUAGACAAAGUAAUUAGGCCAAGUCUCCCAAAUAUGGAGCGGGAGAAACGAUUGGAGAAUCAUCCAUGUAGUCCACAAUAA